AAACUGCAUUAGCAAGGUCGACAGUAGGACAAUAACGUAGACUUUGUACUUUAUGCGUGUCCAAAGGUCUUAUUUUCCAAGAGCCUUUUGGAAACAUCACGGGACAAUAGCAGCAGAGUGCUUUGCAUGUCCUAAGCGGUAUUUUCGUGCGUGCAGUACUGCAGUGUUAGCAUUUAGCUUGAUUAGCAGUCAUCAUGGCUUUGGUGGGGCUGCGGGCUUCUUACCACAGAAUCCUCGACAGGAUCGAGCAUAUGCUGCCGGCUAAACUGAGACCCGUUUAUAACCACCCUGCAGGUCCAAAGACUGUUUUCUUCUGGGCACCAAUGUUUAAAUGGGGUCUGGUCAUAGCUGGCUUAGCAGACAUGACACGUCCAGCAGAUAAACUCAGUACCUCCCAAUCUGCUGUGUUGACUGCCACAGGACUUAUUUGGUCCAGGUAUUCUUUGGUUAUUAUACCCAAGAACUGGAAUCUCUUUGCUGUAAACUUCUUUGUUGGAGGUGCAGGAGGAUCACAGCUCUUCAGAAUAUGGAAGUAUAACCGGGAACAGAAGGCAAAGGAGAAAGAAGCUCAGGCUUGAUACCAGUGCUGUGUAAAGUGCUUCCAGAGGACAGAAAGGGACUCUCCUCAACUGGUACCCCAGAAACUUCCCCUCCAUCAUCAGUCUCCACAGAGAUCAUCUGAUUCUUUUAGAGUUCAGGUCAUUGUCCUGUGCAACUAGUACCUAUAGCAACAAUUAUUACGGUUGUUAAUAACGCACAAAUGUUACAUAUUCAUUAGGGGUGGAAUGAUUCGCGGAAAAAAAUCGAGAGAAAAAAAUUGAGAAAAAAAAGCGUUAGGACCGCGGUUCAACUUAAA